AUGGCAUCCUUUUCAGUUGGGGAUGUGCGUCCUGCCGGGGAUCAUGAUGUCAGGGUUUUUAGAAAUUUGAUGGAUGAUGAUUCCCAGUGGCGGAAGGUGUUUUCGAAAAAAGAAACUGUUGUCUCUAUAAAAGGGUCUGAUAGUUCUUCAAUCCACAUGGUCAAAGUUAAAACCAAUGUGGAUGGCCUUUCAGCUGCGGAUCUUUUCGAUACACUGAUGGACCCAAAUUAUCGCAGAUCUUGGGAUAAGUACAUGGUGGAAGGCUACGACCUUUGCCUUGUUAGCCCAAACACAGAUAUUGGCUAUUACCUUGUUAGGUCCUUUCCGCCAUUCAAACACAGAGAUUCCGUGACUCUCAGAUCUUGGUUUCAGUUUGAAAAUGAAUUCGUUAUCAUGAAUCACUCUGUGUUCCAUGCGGCAGCCCCUCCUAGAAAGGAGUACGUUCGUGCUAUUUCAUAUUUGAGCGGCUACAUUGUUCGAAGGACGGGUCCAAAUUCGUGCUUUUUUGGGUUCGUAACUCAGUCUGACCCAAGAGGCAAAUUCCCAUCCUGGGCCGUGAACCGGAUAGCUCAAAUCAUUGCUCCCAAGACGGUGUCGAUGCUGAUAAAGGCAGCGCGGGCAUAUCCAGAGUGGAAGGCGCAGAACUCACCGACGGUGAAACCAUGGCUCUUUCCGGAACAGAACAAACUGGAGCCGCUGAAUGCAUCUGACGUGUGCUCUUUGCCAGACGUGAAUAUUGCAGCAGUGGACGAGGAUGAGCAACGUCAGAUUACCGAUGAGGUGCCUCCUCUCGCCGAUUUUGGAGACUCCACCUCUAGCCUUGGGGAUUUUGAGGAUGAUGCGAAAGAAAAGGUCACCAUAGAAGACUCCAUAGUAUCGUCAGACGCAUCUAGGUCCGCUCAACAUCAAACCAUAGAAGGAACGCCUUGCUCCACUCACGGAAGUCCAACUUCUAGCCCUGGUGAUUUCAACGAUAAAGAGAACGAAAAGAUUGUAAGAGAAGGAACCAUCAUGAACCAGAGCUCUCCCAGACCAGUCCAGCAGCCGGUCACCAUUGGAUGA